AUGGAAUACCUCGAAGGCAGGACCACCGAGGAUUCGAAGGCAUCGAAGCGCGCGCUUGCGUCGUUCUUCCUGCGGAACGGUUUUCUCCAAAGAAAAAGCUUCUCACCGCUUCGAGCCAAGUACCUCCUUGUGGUGCCUUCAACUCUGCGACAAGAACUCCUGCAGGCCCUGCACGACGAUCCGACGGCAGGGCACCUCUGUGUUUACCGCACGCCCGUGAAGAUACAAAAAAGUGCGCGCUUUAUCCACCUUUCGACGUGCUCAUCAGAGGAGCCAGGUAAGGCCACGAGCAACGCCGUCGUCGCCGAGGCUACGGAGAGGAGUGGGUCUGUUAAGACCAAGAGACGUGUCGCUGACCAGCCGGCCACUCCCGACAAUCGAAAAAGCUCGCAGCGAUCGCAUCGAGAUUCCGCAUCUUCUUCGUCGAGUCGUCGCAAGAGCAAAAGACGAAGCAAGUCGUCGCUCGAGACCUACCGUGUCGACGCCGACAAGAAGCAGGGCGGACAGAACAAGAAAGAGGACGUGUCCAAGUCGACAACGGAGAUAGUUUCCGUAGAAACCCCGACUCCAGCACCUGCGGAACCAGCUGCACAGCCAGAACCAUCUCCUGUUCCAGAGCUCACGCCUCUUGCCGCAAGCUCUCCCGAGCCACAGCAGGAGGACGAGAAAGCUAUUGAGGUGCCUGAAAAAGGGGCCGACAAUUCGGUUCACUCGGCCACGGGUGCGUUAGUGCACGUGGUGUUUCUGGUGCUGGCCAUCCUGACUUUCCUCGUAUCCCUGGACGUGCUUAGCGCCGCCUUCAAGCUGAUCAGCGGUCGCGCGGCAGGCCGUGUAUUCACCAACAGCAGCGUGUUACGCAACCCCGUGGUGGCCCUCAUGAUCGGCGUGCUCGUCACGGUCAUGGUGCAGAGCUCCUCCUCGUCCACCUCAAUCACCGUAUCCAUGGUUGGGUCCAACCUUUUGACGGUGCGCAGUGCGGUGCCCAUCAUAAUGGGUGCCAAUGUGGGCACCUCGGUGACCAACACCAUGAUCUCGCUGAUGCACAUCAAGCGACGAGACGAGUUCCGCCGAGGCUUUGCAGCGGCCACCGUGCACGACAUCUUCAACUGGCUCACCGUGCUCGUUUUGCUGCCCAUAGAAGUGGCAUUCCAUAUGCUGGAGAAGAUCUCCGAGGCGUUUGUGCACGUGAUCGACAGAGGGCAGCGACUGGAGACGUCAAACUACCUGAACGCCCUUACAAAACCCUUUGUCAGGGUUAUCGUGCAGCUCGACAACCAAGUAAUAAAGGAAAUAGCGCUGGGAAAGGACACCAAUGGAACAAUCCUGAAGCGAUGCUGCCGAAAAAAUGGCACUGAAUGCGUCGGCAAGUGCGCAGCGCUAUUCAACUGGCUGGACUGGAGCGAUACCGUGACGGGAGCCUGCUGCUUUGCGAUCGCCGUGCUGACCAUCCUGCUCUGUUUCUACGUCCUGGUAAAAGUGCUCACUGGACUCACUCAGAGCCACGUUGUCAAGGUACUGACAGUGUGCGUGAACCGCGAGUACAGUUUCCCAGCGUCCAUGCUGGUGGGCUACCUGAGUCUGCUCUUGGGCUGCCUCAUUACGUUCGUGUUCCAGAGCAGCUCGGCGUUCACGUCAGCGCUGCUGCCGUUUGCGGCGCUGGGCAUGCUCGACCUAGACCGCGUGUAUCCGCUCACGCUUGGUUCCAACGUAGGAACCACGGCCACUGGAUUGGUGGCCGCCCUGGCGGGCAGUCCCGUAACUCGGGAGCAUGCGCUGCAGAUAGCCCUGUGCCACACCUUCUUCAACGUCAUCGGCAUCCUACUCUUCUAUCCGCUGCCCUUUCUCAGAAUACCGUUGUUCAUAGCACGACGGCUUGGUGAAACGGGCGCCAAGUACCGGUGGUUCGUGCUCUUCUAUCUACUGGUGACGUUCGCGUUGAUUCCGCUGGGGGCACUGCUGCUGUCCCUACUCGGCGAUGUUCCUUUCAGCAUCAUCAUGGUCGUCCUUAUAUCAUGCGGACUAUUCACGGCGUUCAUAAACGUGCUCCAGGAGAAGGCGCCGGAUCUGUUGCCCGUGAUCCUCCAAAACUGGGACUUCCUGCCCCUUUGGAUGCAUUCGCUGGCACCCAUGGACCGCGUCUUCAGGCGCCACCUAGAGCGCGUGCCUUUCUGCCAGGUUUUCCUCAACGAGAUGUCUUUCAUCUCAGAUCCUCACGUGGACGAACUGCCGCCUUACGUGCCCGAUGCGUCUCCAUAG